AUGAACGGCGUGGGUAUUUUUUCUUAUCAUGGUGGGAAGGCACCGAGCCCGGGUGAGCAGCCACGAGCUGCCUCUUAUUUUUCCAACAUUUUGUCCUUUUCUGCUUCCUCCGGUGAGUCUCUCGCAGUGCUCCCGGCGCCUCGAGGAAACCAGUUAAGCGGUGAUGGCAGCAGCACGUUGCCCUUGCACGGAUCUCGAACGAAGGGUCUGAAGCAUCAUACAGAUAGUAGUGGGCCCUCCAUUAACUAUAAGACAAGCUGGAGGCCGUUACCAGAUAUCAAGGUCAAGAGGCGGGCCCCAUGGGGGAUGCAGCAACUGCGCGACUGA